UUUUCAAUUCUGAUCUCUUUUUCUUUAAGAUAUAUUCUUUAUAUUACUUAUACACUAAAUCUUAAUAAAAAAAAUGACUGUUGCUUGGAAGAGAUUAAUCAGAUUCGUCGCUAAAGAUGGUAAGAUCUACAGAGGUGAACCAAUUGUCACCGAUGCUGAAUAUGAUGUUGGUAGACAAGUUCUUGAAGGUAAGACCGUCAAGGCUAAGGUCAUCAAGGGUGACAACAUCUUUGAAGAUGCUGCUGUCACUGAUGAAGUUUUGGAAGUCAAGACUUUAUUGGGUCCAUUGACUGAAGACCAAGUUCCAAUCAUCAAGUGUGUUGGUUUAAACUACAUGAAGCACAUUCAAGAAGGUGGUAGAACUCCUCCACCAUACCCAUCUAUUUUCUACAAGCCAAGAUUCAGUGUUGCAGAUUUCGGUGAACCAAUUCCUAUUCCAAGAAUUGCUCAAGAAGACCAAUGUGAUUACGAAGGUGAAUUAUGUGUUGUUAUUGGUAAGACCGGUAAGAACAUCAAGGAAGAAGAUGCUUUGAAAUACGUAGCUGGUUACGUUUCUGGUAACGAUGUUUCUGCUAGAACUUGGCAAAGAAACCCAGCUUACGCUGGUGGUGUUCCACAAUGGGGUUUCUCCAAGUCUUUUGACAAGUAUGCUCCAUUGGGUCCACAAUUGGUUUCUACCCAAAUCAUUCCAGACCCAGCUGCUUUGCAAUUGACCACCAGAGUCAACGGUGAAGUUCGUCAAAACACUGGUACUGAUGAUCUUUUAUUCAAUGUUCCAAAGAUCAUUGCUUUCAUUUCUCAAGAAACCACCUUAGAACAAGGUACUGUUAUCAUGACUGGUACCCCAAGUGGUGUUGCCAUGGGUAUGAAGGAACCAAAAUACUUGAAGAACGGUGACGAAGUUGAGGUUGAAAUUUCCCAAAUUGGUACUCUUUCCAACAAGAUGGAUUUCAUUUAAUUAUAUAGGUUUACAGGUAUUUAAACAAUUGAUAGAAAUUUAAAAA